GUCCCGAAGGGUUCCCUGGUGGGCUGUGUGGGUCACCCUCUCCCACGGUGUCCGCCGACCCUAGGGUGUCUGUCUCUCUGCGGAUAGGAGGGCGCCAUGGAGGCGCCGCCGCCUGCGCCUCGCAGCCGCCUUUGUGGAGCCUGGGGUCCUUUCCCCCGAGUCUUUGCUGCGGGUGCUGUGGCUGCGGAUUCCCAAAGCUUUGUGGAGGAUCCGGAGCUGCGUUCUUAUGUCUCAGACCCCGGUUCCUCGGAAUCCGGAUGGGACCGCCUCCGGCAGCUGUUUGUCAAAGAUGAACAGCGGAAAAUCUCAAAGGAAAUGGACUACAUCUGCAGGGCAGCACUUUCAGCCGGCAUCAUUGGCUGGGCAUAUGGAGGGAUACCUGCCUUUAUUUAUGCUAAAAGACGCUACAUUGAGCAGAGUCAAGCAGAGAUUUAUCACAACCGAUUCGAUGCCGUGCAAAGUGCGCAUCGUGCUGCCACAAGGGGCUUCAUUCGGUAUGGCUGGCGCUGGAGUUGGAGAACCGCAGUCUUCGUGACCAUUUUCAACACAGUGAACACUGGACUAACUGUGUAUCGAAAUAAAGAUGCCUUGAGCCAUUUUGCCAUUGCUGGAGCUGUCACAGGAGGCCUUUUCAGAAUAAACUUAGGUCUUCGAGGCCUGGUGGCUGGCGGUAUAAUUGGAGCUUUGUUGGGCACGCCGAUGGGGAGCUUGCUGAUGGCCCUCGAGAAGCACUGUGGUGAGACAGUUCAAGAGAGGAGACAGAAGGACAGGGAGGCACAGCAGGAGCAGAGGCUGGAAGAGUGGAGACGCAAUCUGCAGGUCACUGAGCUUCUCCCUAUGGAAAUUGAAAGUGGCUUAGAGAAGAUUCAGCCUGAGAAAGAUGCUCAGAGAAUUGAGGAGCUGCUACGCCUGCCUAGGAACCCUGCAUCACCAGAUAAACAAAGCGAGGACUGAGGACCAGGGUCUGUGUCUGGGAAGGCCAGUGCAGGCUGCUCCUUGCCAGCCUGCUGACUGACGUGAGUGCUGGCAGCUGCGGUCGCAGUGGCUUGUCUUUGGUAUUUUUUAAUAUCAAGAAUUAGGCACUCUGCUCUGGGCAAGGUGUCACUGACCAGUAAUUCCGGCUGCUUGGGAAGGAGGCUGAGAAAGGAAGUCAGUGUGAGGCCAGCUAGAGCUGCCUGGUGAGAACCUGGUUCAACAUGUGCACCCACAGAAACCAAGAGCAGAACCAACCGACAGCCCAAGUGUUCUUCUUUAUUCUGAUCAUUGAUCCGUCUAAACACCUAACAUUUCUCUAUCUUGCUAGAUGUUAUACCAGUAAAAUUCUUCCCAAAAGAU